GAGCUAGCUAGCUAGCAAGUGAGCUAAUCGAGAAUGGUGGCGAUCAACUGUCGCGGUCGUGAAAAUCCAGAAAAAAAGAUGUCUUUCUGUGGAACUUGUCGGGAGACUGUUCAAUUUUACGAAAGUGAUGGGCUCUUUUACUGUAGUCAAUGUGAUGGCCAGUCUGAGACCAUGCAGGUGAUGGAGUAUUCUCAUUUUGAGAGUCAACCAAGCCAGAGUAGUUACACUAUGAGGGCAAGAACCAUCAAAAGAUCAACAGCUUCUAAAACCAAGGUUCCCAAGCCAGAUGAAACACCAGAUGAACCUGGAGAAGAAGAUGACACCUGGUCAUUUGCUGAGGUCUUCCAGCUAAUCCUCAAGAAACAAGUCGAUGCCCUCAUAAAACUGGGUAUCACAAUUAAACUCAAGGAAGCGGUGGAGGUGAUGUGGUUUCGAUAUCUUCGAAAUUCAAAAUGGGCUUUUGUCCCGAAACAAUCGAACCGACUGCAAGUGAAAGGCAAGAAUGGGAAAUCCAGGAAAAAGAAACAUUCAACCUUGAACGAGGAUGAACAGGAAGAAGUGGACAUGGUAUGUACUAUGUAUAUCAGGGCCCUGUUGUACAAAGAGUCACGACUGAUCCGAUCAAUCGUAACUCUAUGAAAAUCCAUUUGUGUCAU